CCAACUGUGUCAUCGACGGCAAAGUGUACAGGGACGGGGAAGCGACCGGUGAUCCGUGUAACAGAUGUUGGUGCUACAGGGGGCGGGAGGUUUGUGAGCAACGUGCCUCUAACUGCGUCAUUAACGGCACCGUCUACCUGGAUGGAGAGAGGACCCCAGACCCAUGUAACAGGUGUUGGUGCACCAAGGGACGAAACAUUUGUGAGCGUCGGGCCUGCAUAGUGGGUAUGUAA